CUUUAACCUAACUACCGAUACAGAGUCAUAGAUUUGUUCACUCCCCUAAUGAUUAAGGAUGGUAUGGGAGCAUGGUAAUCUGAUCCUGGACCUGUGUUUUGAGUAGGGAGGAACUCAUCCACCAGAGUUUUGAUGCGUGUGGAGGCGGAGCCACGCGUUUCGCUCUUGGUCGCAGAGGGAUUUGGCUACAGAAAUGUCCUCUUAGCACAGGGACAAUUCAGGCGAGUUAUCCUUCAGGAAUUGUCUGUCUGACGAGAAUGAUAGGAUUUUCUUUACUGGAAGCAAAAUAAGAUUUAACUGAAUAAUGUCAGUUUGACUUGUAAUAAUUUGUCUAAAUGUUGUCUGGAUGAUGUGUUGCCAGUAGCAGCAUAACUUCUCCAUACAGGCAGAUUGAGUCUACAAGCACCUGACUCGCUGAGCACGACACCCUGGCUGCAACCCUUCACCAGUCCAAGGUCAAGGACCGGAUAACAUCUGGCAACAUUUUCUGGUUCCACAGAGGAGAACCCGAAACACACCCAGCCCUGAGGACAAGUAGACUAUGCAACACACCCAGCCCUGAGGACAACUCCAGAAAUACUACGUUUUAAUUUAGACCAGGACAGACAACAACCAGGCCCCACACACAAACACACUCUGGAAACCAACCGACCAACAAAAAGGCAGAGGAACAACAACCAACUCCCCCGAUGUAUCUCACCAUCUCACCCAGCUGGUGCCUAGCCUCACCCAGUUAGUAACAAUGGUCUGGUCCUUUCCUAACUGAUUGACACAGACUGACUGUCUGGCUGGUUUGGGUGUUUUGAGACGCUCCUCUAUACGUUCAUCAUUGUAUCUGAUUUUGAAGAGCUGAAGGACUCACCAUGCACCUGACUGUGUGACGUUGAGCCCUCGACUGCCAAGGACCGCUUAGACUACUGACCUCGUUAGGGCCGUGUGUGCUCACUGGUCGCUUGUGUGGUGGUCAAUCAUGGGUAAGGAGCAGGACCUCCUGGUAGCAGUGAAGAGUGGAGACAUCGUCCUGGCCCACAAACUUCUGGCCCACAAACUCCUGGCCAAGGUCACAUACAACAAAACCAAGUUGCUGGGCUCCACAAAGAGGCUCAACAUCAACUAUCAGGACUCAGAUGGGUUUUCAGCGUUACACCAUGCAGCUCUAACAGGCACCACUGAGCUGCUGUCUCUACUACUGGAGGCUCAGGCCACUGUGGACAUCAAAGACAUUAAUGGUAUGCGUCCGCUCCAUUAUGCAGCGUGGCAGGGUAAAGCUGACUCUGUGUUGCUGCUGCUGAGAGCUGGAGCCUCUGUUAACACACUGUCACAGGACGGACACAUACCUCUACACCUGUCUGCACAGUACGGACACUACCAGGUGUCUGAGAUGUUACUCCAGCACCAGUCUAAUCCCUGUCUGGUGAACAAGGCCAACAAGACCCCUCUGGACCUGGCCUGUGAGUUUGGCAGACUCGAGGUUGCUCAGUUGUUAUUGAACAGCAACAUGGUGGUUGCUCUGUUGGAGGGGGAGGGGCUAGACGGUUUAGACAAUGCCUCCUCCAACACGCCCCUUCACCUGGCCGCUCGCAAUGGACACAAAGACAUCAUCAGGGUGCUACUGAAGGCUGGUAUAGACAUCAACAGAAGCACUAAGGCUGGCACCUGUCUGCACGAGGCUGCCCUCUACGGCAAGACUGAAGUAGUGUGUCUGCUGCUGGAGGCUGGUAUUGAUGUGAAUCUACGUAACACCUACAACCAGACAGCUCUGGACAACGUCAACCAGUUCACCACCUCAUCAGCCAGCAAGGACAUCAAGAUAAUAUUACGAGAAGCGUUAGGGUCUCUCCAGGUGAGAGCUGUGAAGGACUACUGGAACCUUCAUGACCCUACAGCCCUGAACCUCUGUGCUGGAGACCUCAUCAUGGUGUUGGAGCAGCACACGGACGGGCGGUGGAAAGGUCAUAUCCAUGACAACCAGAGAGGGACAGACCGGGUCGGAUACUUCCCUCCGUCUGUAGUGGAGGUCAUCAGCCGGAGAACAGGGGGUUCUGUCUCAUGUCAUGUCUCGUUACCAAGCCAACGGCAGCAGCACUUCCUGUCAAGAGCUCCUCCCACCAGUAUUGGCUCCGCCCCCCAAACUGAGGACUCCUAUGCCUUGUACUACGACCACGCAGCAGGAGACAGGAACAGUGUUGGCAGUGCAGGCAGCAGUGCAGGUAGUGUGGGCAGCAGUCGUAGUGCUGGCAGCGGGCAGAGCUCAGAGAACGGCUUACACAAGCUGGCUCCCUCUGUUGGUGAGUCCAGAGAACAGCAGUUCCUCCCUGCAGGACCAGACCCCAGCAAACAACCUGAUGGACAUACAGGUGGUCCAAGUCGUCAAGUCAGUGGUGGUACUCAGUUGGGGGAGCAGAGUGGCUUCAUGUGUCCAGACAUGGUCCUGGUGGGCAGGGACUCUGAUGCCAUCUACCAAUGGCUGUGUGAGUUCCAGCUGGAGAGCUACACUGCUAACUUCCUCACAGCAGGAUACGAUGUACUUACUGUCAGUAGGAUGACCCCAGAGGACCUGACCGCCAUCGGUGUGACCAAACCAGGCCACCGAAAGAAGAUCUCCAUGGAGAUAGGCAACCUGAACAUCCCAGAGUGGCUGCCUGACUACAUCCCUUCUGAGCUGUCAGAGUGGUUGAGUGCGAUCGGUCUGCCUCAGUACCAGAAGAGACUGUGUGAGAACGGUUAUGACACCAUCAGCAUCAUCAAGGAUAUCACCUGGGAGGACUUAUCAGAGAUAGGAAUCACCAAGCUGGGUCAUCAGAAGAAGCUGAUGUUAGCCGUGAAGCGUUUAUGUGACCUGCAUCGUUCUCGUCACCAUGCCAACGGCUCCGACACGCUCCGGCAUAAACCUACCACGGCCCUGGUGGCUAUCGAGCCCCCCGAGAUCCCCACCGACUGCUGCCCCCCGUCCCCUCACACCCCCAGGACACCCUUCCUCUCCUUCCAUGACAGCGAGCUGAGCACAGAGCUACAGAACACCGUGAUGGGGAGGGCAGCAGGAGGAGGGGUGGGGAGAGGGGGGUUUGGGAUGGGUGUGAGGGAGAGCAUUAGCCAGGAGAGCAUCGGAACGCGCUCCCGCGGAUCCGGGAAUUCUGGAAAAUCUGUGAAUUUUGGGAAUUUUACAGGAUAUUCCCAAGAGCUUCACCAACAGACUCUGGCAUCGGCUGGAGUGCACAGUCGCUCGGACGAGAGCUUGGGAGGAGGGGGAGGAGGAGGUGGGAGACAGGGGGGAGGAGGUAGUCCAGGGAGAGACCGACAGAGACUCACAGAGGUGUGGUCAGACCAGAAGCGCCACCCCCAGACACCCGCUAAACUACCCAUCACCCCCCUCACCCCUCCUCUCACCCCCAACUCCAUGCCCCGCUUCGCCUACCCAGCCGUGCCUAGCAAACCCAAACCUUGCAAGCCCCCUGCCCACCCCCACCCUCACCCCUUCUCCUCUCCCCAGGCCUCCCCCACACAGAGGGCCUUCAACUACCUCCACACCCAGGAAGGAGGCACCUAUCUGUGCCAACGUGGUCUACCCAAGCCCCAGGCUGGAGCAAUCCCCCUCCCAGGACUAGGCCUCAACACAGAGGCACUUAAGAAACGCACCCAGAGUCUGUCCCGCUACGCCUUGUCAGAUGGAGAACCGGAAGACGACGAGUCAUCGCCGCAGGAAUCCGUUCCUCCGGUGACCAUGCCCUCGUACGCAACACUAGGACGCAAACCAGGCUGCGGCCAAUCAAACUCCUCCGCCGUCCAACGCCACAUCACCCGGAGCCACUCAUUCGCUGUCCGCUCUCGCCGCAAAGGCCCGCCCCCACCGCCACCUAAGAGGAUGAGCUCGGUGAGUGGCAGCCAGGCCAGCGAAUCAGGAGGAGCGGCAGUAGUGUCAGGGCAGGUGGAAGUGGGAGGGGUGGAGACAGAGAGUGCAGGCAGUGUGAGAAGCAUCGCAGCCAGGCUACAGGGGUCCGGGCCCGGGGGCAGCCCCUCUAAGGGGGUAGCGUUACCCUCCCCUCGCACCCCCACCCUCGCCUCCCACAAACCUGUACCCACUCUGGGGCUGGGAGACCUGAGGAGGAUGGGGGGCGAGCGGAGGGAUAGAGAUGGAGGGAUAGAGAGAAGCCCAGAAGAGGAGGAGAGAGUGCGGAAGGAUGGUUCAGUAUUGGAAAGCUCUACAUCACCUCAGAGUAGCUCCAGUGAGAACCUCCCUUUCGCGGAAGAGGGCAACCUCACCAUCAAACAGCGGCCGAGGAUGGGAGCAGGCUUCUGGUCAGACCCUGAAAUCCAACCCCAGGCUUCUCCAGAAGACCCACAAAUGCAGGCCCCAAAGUCAUUGGGGGUCCCUGAGUUCAACCUCAAAGAGUCGGACACGGUCAAACGACGGCGUCAGCCCAAAGACCGGGAUACACACACACUGGACGAGAUCUUCACCGCCAGCGAAGAUGAUGGACACACACAGCCACACACACACGGCCGUUCCAACGGCUUCCACACACACACAAACAGAGACAAGCAAGAGGAGGAAGCAGGUGUGAGGUCAGGGAGCUGUUUACAGAGAGGCCAGAAACCCCCCCUGUCCUCCAAACCAACCAGCCCUCCCCUCAAACCUGCCCUCGCCCCUAUACCAGCCAGUAAACAGAAGACAGCGACAGGCAGCACACAGAACCAUAUAACAGCCAGUCAAAAUACACACACAACCACCUCUAUACCAGGCAAUCCACAGAAACCAGUAACAGCCAGUCAAAAUACACACACAACCACCUGUAUACCAGGCAAUCCACAGAAACCAGUAACAGUAAUAUCCAGGCCAGCGAAUCAGACACCUGCUAUUGUCUCUGCCUCUACACUUCCCCAGCUCAGCUCAUCCAUAACCUCAGCCCCUACAGCCCAGGCGACCCCCGCUCCAUCCUACCGCACCUUGGUGCCUCCGGGCCAGGCAGGGAGAGCAGGAAAGGCCCAGACUGGUGAGGCCUGCUCGGAGGUGUUGGUUCAGAGGAGGCUGGAUGAGGCCAACACGUCACUGGAGGCAGCGCUGAAAGUUGUAGAGAGAAAAAUGUCUCAGGAUGACUGCACUGACGGUGGCAGCAGCACAGUGAAAGCAGCAGGGAAUAUCCUGGAUGACAUCGGCAACAUGUUUGAUGACCUCGCCGACCAACUGGAUGCCAUGUUGGAUUAAAUACCUCUUCACUUCACUCAAGGCAACCUGAAUAGGACCAGUAGGAUUGGGUUGCAAAUUGCAUCCUCUUCCCUAUAGAGCCCUGGUUAAAAGAAGUGCACUAUAUAGGGAAUAGGGAGCCAUUUGCGAUGCAUAGCUAGAAUUGAUUAGACUGAUCUGCAUGUUUCAUAGGGUGGAUGAGAGAAAGUAGGAGCGGGGGAGGAGAGGAAGAGAGAGGGAAAGUGAAAGGGUGAAGGGGGGGCAAUGGGGUGAAGAGAGCAGUCACAAUGUGGAGAGCCUCUGACUGCACUUGAAAGAGUGUGGAUAUCCUAAACACACACAUUGGGACUUGCCUUAACUGGAGCGCAUAACCCUGGAUCAAUGGCUUUGCUUGGCAAAGACAGCACAAUAACACAGAACAAUUUACUGUGUUUUAUAACUUAGAGCACGGGUUUAUGACAUAGAACACGGGUUUAUGACAUAGAGCACGGGUUUAUGACAUAGAGCACGGGUUUAUUACAGAACGAGUGGCUUUGCUACAUCUUUGCUCUGAGCCAACCAGAUUUUACCACAAAGGGAAUAAGGGUCCAUUUUUAACAUGUAUUGUAAAUUAUAUCAUAUUCUCGUCUUAAACUUUACCCAAUCUUAUGUUGUGUGUCAAUAUUCUUAACAUGAGACUCUUAAAUGUUACUGAAAACUGA